AAACAAAUAAUGAUCUAAUUCUAAGCUUCAUAAUGAGUUUAUAUUUUAAGUCUCUUGCCAAAGAAUUAGACUUUUGUAUAUUUCUCCAUUAUGGAAAAAGACAUUUUGAACCCCAAAAACACAAAUGAAGAUUGGGAUAAAAACGCAAUGAGACUCAUUGAAAUAAAAAAGUUGAAGAGAAAAAGCAACAAUCGCCAUAUAUCCCCCUUCUAUCUUCACUGGUGAGAUUUCAAUGUAUCGCUUCAGGUUUCAACUUUUCUACUCCACAGCUGCUGCUGCUGCAACUUCCCGCAACAAUUUGUUGGCGGAAAUGCUAGUGAAUUCACUUGGUUUCUCCACAGAAAAAGCUAUUUCUACUAGCGCCAAGGUAACUUUCUUGAAACCUGGAAACAACAAGCCUCAAUUAGUCAUCAAUUUCUUCCAACAAAUUGGUUUGGACAAGACCCACAUCAAAACCCUUGUUUGUGCCACCCCUAGUUUGCUGUUUUCUGAUGUUGACAAAACCCUUAAACCCAAAAUUAAGGUUCUUCAAGAACUUGGAUUAUCUGGGUCCGACAUAGCUAAAGUCCUCUCAAAAACUGGGAUUUUCUUGCUUUCUAGUCUUGAAAAUACAAUCAGACGCAAUAUUAGUUAUCUCCGACAACUGUUAGGUAGUGAUGAUUCUCUUGCUAAAGCCAUUAGGAAAGACUCUAAAAUCCUUUGGUAUAAUGCCCCUAAAGUAAUGUCACCCAAUGUAGCUUUCCUGCGAAAUCUUGGGUUUUCAGGUAAGGAUAUCGAGAAGCUUAUUCUACGAGAUCCAAGGAUUCUUCUUCUAAAAGAGACUAAGUGGCUUGAGAAUGCAGUGCAUCGAGUAGAAAGGAAUUUACACAUUCCUCGGGACUCCAACAUGUUUAUCUAUGGAUUUAUGGUUACUGCAUCCCUUGGGGAAUCAUGUUUGGAGAUGAAAUUAAGAACUUUCAGGAGAUUUGGGUGGUCCGAUUUGGAAAUUCUUACACUGGUGCAGAAACUUCCUUUAUGCUUGACCUCAUCAGAGGCUAGGCUUGGAAAAGGAUUGAAUUUUUUCAUGAAGGAGCUUGCCGGUUACCUGGCUUCUCACCCCGCUCUCUUAACAUUCAGCUUGGAGAAGAGGGUAUUGCCUAGGCAUGAAAUCUUGAAACUUCUUGACCAGAAGAAGCUGGCAAAGAGUAGCCUAAAUCUUUAUACUGCUCUGAUGGUGCCUGAAUCAAAAUUUUUGAAUAGUUAUGUGCUGCCUUAUACAGAUGAGACGCCUGAGCUCUAUGAGUUAUACAUGAAUAGUAGACGAUAGUAGAAUGCGUCGAGGAAACCACUUUGUGGAUAAUGUUGUUCUCAAGAAAAUCUCUUCUUGGAAACGUUAGCUGGUUCACCUUUCAUAGCUUAGGAGAGAUUCUGUUGACGAAUAGAUUCUUAUUUGCCAUUUGAUGCUGUUUUCCUAAGUGGAGAAUGAAGACAGUUUUACCUUCUAUUAUGUGGAUUUAUAAAUGCAGAAAUGCAUGGUAAGACUGCGUACGGCGGGUGCUUAGUGCACCGGGCUUCCCUUUUUUUAUGUGGAUUUAUAAAUGUAUAUCUCUAUCAAGAUAAUUUCCUGGUUGUAGCUGAAAUUUCCACCUCCUUUCGGUCGUUUUGAGUUUGGUGCUGCUAAAGCCAUAACCUGCAGCACUCUAUUCAAAUGAUAUACUCUUGCUUGGGAUGAUUUGCAAGUCUAUCUUUUAUCAGUGGAUAGUAUUGCUGCUAAAGUUCCUUCAUUGUCUUUCUGUCUUUCAUCUUUUGACCCCCUAGGGUGAAGGGGUUGUUACAACAACAACUACUACUACUACUACUACUACAUCUCAGUCCAAAAGGAGAAUGCUUGUUAGAGUAAAAGAAAUACUAUACUAUGGUUUCUGUAAUUCGAAACUCCAAGAAGAUAGAAACUAAUAAGAAUACACAUAGCUGAAGAAGAUUUGGUUAAGAAGUCAAGUUAAAGCUUUUUCUUGUAAAAAUAUAUGCUGAAAAUAUAUUUCCAAAUGCUUAAUUUAAUCAGCAUUGUAGGCUCUAAAAGCAGCUUCUUUACAUAUGUAAUCAGCACUUACCCCAUUUUCAAAGAUUCCUUGGUGCUGAACAUGUCAAUAAGAUUUUGAAUGCUACUGGUGUAAUGGUUUGGAACAUUUUCAACAUCAAUGUACACAUGCCUAUUUCAAUUUG